AUGGAGAACCCAGACUGGUCGUUUGGGCACGAGAAUCCCGUUAACGAAGAACCCAUUAUAGAGGACACACCAGCUUGCGCGAAGGAGCCCACGAAGCGUCGCAGAUGGCCGCGACGGAGCCCGUUGCGGCGUCUGGGAGUCGCCGUGGAUUACGGGCUCAUGGCGUUCUUCAGCGUGAUAGCUAGAUUCGUCGCUAGGCGUCCUCUCGCUGUGGUAGUAGCGACGGUGGGCGUCGGGUUACUGCUCGGGCUCGGCAUGAUACGCUUGAAGGUGGUAACCAACGUCGAGGACCUCUACACGCCGCAGGGCAACAUCGCUUUCGUACACCGGGAAUACGUGGACAGCGUGUACGGUUACGAUCAACUGGACGUGAAGAUCUACGUGACGGGCAAGGGCGGCACGACGGGAAAUGUGCUCACGAAAGACGCGCUCCUCGCGCUGCUAGAUGUCUACAACCUCAUUCUCAGCACAAAUGCGACCUUCGACGGCUCGACGUUCAGCUACGAGAGCGAUCGCAUCUGCUACCGGCCGGGCGGCGCGGGCACGCCGUGCCAGGCGGCGAGCGUACUGGACUCCUGGAACUUCGACCGCGCGCGCAUCGAGGCGGACGGCGACGUCCUUAAAACGUUCAACCGCCCCUACGUGAUGUCGCCGCUGCGCACUGGUGAGUGUCCGUUAUCGUUUCCUUCCCCCACCCUCCCGCUGUUUUCAUUUUUCCCGUCGAUCCCCAUUCCGUCCAUCGCCCUCCUCGCUCGUUGCGCCACGCAGACGCGGUUCGGGCAGCCCGUGCCGCAGGAAUGGGUGAUCGGGCAGAUGCAGCACGACAACGCGACGGGCAAGGUCACAGCGGCGAACGCGCUGCUGCUCACUCUCUACCUCCAGAACCACAAGCCGGGCCGCGGGAGCAAGGACGUCGAGGCGUGGCAGAAGGCCGUGACGCCCGUCGUUAAGACGUACUCUAACCCGAAUGUGGACGUCUAUAUUCUCUCGCCGUGGGAGCAGCAAGCCGCGGCGGAUAGCGCGCUUACAACGGAUCUGUUCUUACAGGGCCUUAGCGCAGUGCUCCUUGUCGGGUACAGCAUGCUCAUUCUGCACAAGCCGCAUCCCGUGUACUCCCAGUCGCAUCUAUCCUUCGCGAAUUUCAUCUCCGUAGGUCUCGCGGUGCUCGGAUCGUACGGCCUGUGUUCGCUCUUCGGAUUAGGGUUUUCAUUAGUUACACAGUCGCUCGCGCUGCUGCUGCUGGGCCUAGGGACUGACGAUAUGCUAGUUACGCUCGCGGCGCACGACGAGACGAGGAAGGAGAUGGCGGGUUCGUCGAUUUCGGACCGCAUCGUCGUGACCGUGGCGCGCGCGCGGCGCGGGGUGAUCGUCGCCGCGGCGACGAAUUUCGUCGCGUUCUGCACGGGAAUCUCGUCGCAGCUGCCGGCGUUGCGAGACUUCAUGAUCUACGCGGCGGUCGGGGUGAUUCUCGUCUUUAUCUACCAGACCACGUUCUUCGUCGCGUGUCUCACGCUAGACCUGUUCCGCCAGCGGGAAAACCGCAUGGAUGUGCUCUGCUGCGUCGUCAGCACAGCUGGUCCGAACGACGGCUGCUGCCGACGCGAGUACGACCCGGAUAAGCCGGACCUUCUCCACACGGUAUUCGGAUCUUACGUCCCUAAAGUUAUUCUGCAUCCGGUGGGGAAGAUUGUCGUGUUGCUGCUUACAGCGGGGUUGCUAGCGUGGGGACUGUACGGCGCGGUGCACGUGCGCAACGACUUUAACAUGGAGUGGCUGGUGCCUAAAAACGCGUACGUUUUCAAGGUGUUUGAUGUGCGCCGCGCGACGUUCCCGCGAUCCGCGGGGAAAGGCGCGCUUCCCGUGUACGCGUACACGCGCAACCCUGGAAUUAACGGCGGUGGAAUCGGGGGAAGCGGCGCAACCGGCGGAGAAGCCCCGCUGGACUACUUCAACUACCAGGACGAGCUCGCGGCGCUGAGCGCCGCGCUGCAGAGCGACCCGUACGUGGGCUCGGCGCCGCCCGUGCAGUCGUGGUACGACUGGUACAUCAAGUGGCUGCGCGCGUCCCCGCACAAGGGCCAGCUCACCCCACAGGGCCGCCCGCCCACGUCAGCACUGUUCUACACAUGGCUGCACGAGUUCCUGGCGUCGCUGAUGGGGCAGCGGUUCCAGACGGACGUGGUGUUUGCACCGGGCAGCAACGGCACUGUCAUCCUAUCCUCCCGCAUGUUCGCCCUCACUAAUGCGCUCGUCUACAGCCAGACUCAGCCAGACUGGGGUGAGGGGGGGGGGGGGGUGGGUGAGAGUGGGGAGAAGGGGGAGGAGGGGGAAAGUGGGGAGAGAGGAGACGGGAGGGGGGGCGGGAAGUGGUGGUUCCAGACGGACGUGGUGUUUGCACCCAGGGAGCAACAGCAGCAACGGCACCGUCAUCCUCUUCCCCCGCAUGUUCCCCCUCACAAACGCGCUUGUCUAUAG